ACAUCUGAUCUGGUGAAGCGACGCUUUUCCUCGCGUUUCAACAACUUGCCUCCCGAAUUCGACGCGGCCGCACCGCCAGUUCCUAGUCUGCCUCCUCUCGAGCGCUUCAACACCGAUUACCAACCCCCUCCACCGUCAAGAGCAGGACCAGGGGCUGCUCCCGUUGUCGACCUCAAGGCGCUGCGAGACCCGAAUCUCGUUCCCGACCAGUAUGUAGCCUCGGUGCUGAGUGAGGCGAGCGAGGACCAGAUCCAGGAGUACAUGGAGUCGCUGCAGGGCAUCAAGGCACGCGCCGCCGCAGAUUUGCAGCAGAAUCUCUUGCAAAAUCGGACUCAGUUCAUCAAGAUUAGCAAAGAGGCGGAGAAGCUCAAGGGGGAGAUGCGAGCGCUGCGCAACCUGAUGUCCGAACUCAAGGCGAACACGACGGCCCUUCGGCAAGCGUCUGGAAGAAGCGAGGUGGACUCGUCUAUUGGAGGGGCUGUCACUAUGAGCAAACGUGAUAAGCGAAGCUCUGUUGCGGACCGAAGUGCCCUCUGGACUUCGCAGAUGCAAACGCUCUACAAGACAGUGGAGGGUUCGCAAAAGUUCCUCCCAAACGCGAUAGGCCGCCACGUGGUCCUCAACGCUGGGCCUUGGAUCGAGCUGGACAAUGCGACGUACAAAAGCAGGAGGGCCAUGCAAAUUUUCCUGCUCAACGACCAUCUUCUCAUCGCCUCCCGGAAGAAGCGCAAGGUCGACGCGCCCAACGCAGACACUCGCGGGCCCAUGGUAAAGCUCGUAGCUGACCGCUGCUGGCCCCUUCUUGACAUUGAGGUCAUCGAGAUGCCGGGGACGGGCGAUUCCAUGGGCGGCCGCAACAAGCUGGCCGACGCCAUCAUGGUUCGGGGCGGCGGUCAGGAGACGUUCAUCUACCGCACGGAGAAGCCGGAGGCGAGCGAGAAGAAGGCGCUGAUGAUGAAUGUGCGCAAAGCGGUGGAAGAGCUGCGCAAAGGGUUGCAGUCCGAGAUGGAGGCCAAUAACAAGGCCAGAGAGACGAUCAACUACUUUGCAUCCAGGGACCCGGGGCUGCUCCAAAAGACGGAGCUGCUGGAGACUCUUUCCGACAUCAAGGACAUGAUGAUCGAGGUGGACGGCAAGCAGCAGAACCUCCGCUGGGUGGAAGGCCAAAUGGACGAGCUCGACAUCGACAUCGCGCUCCAGGGGUUCGAGCCCGCCGUGGCUCGUGUGGAAAAGCUCAAGGGGUUGGCGAGAGGCCUCAAGGGCAACACCGUGGCCCAGGACUUUAUCAACUUUGAGGUUGAAGAGCGGUGCGCCAAGCUCGCCACCAUCAUUAUUCACGGUAUGGAGACGACGCACCACCAGCAGAGCAAGACGAAGCGGAACCUCAGCUGGUUGGCAAGACUGGGCUAUGAAGACAGGGCAAGGGAGGCAUAUCUCGCAGCCCGCGGCGACACAAUCCACAAACGAGCCAGACAAUGCCUGUUCCAGGGUGAUUUGCAUCUGUACAUCUGGCAGCUAUCAUUCGUGUACUUUACGCUCAUCCACAACACGGUGCAGUGCUUCCAGAGCUGCUUCCCUCCGCCGAUGAUGAGCACCUGCGUCAAGUGGGCAAAGGAGCAGGUCGAGGCGUUCAACGUGAUUCUCGCCAGGCAGCUGAGCAGCACGGAGCCCGGCGGGCCGGAGUGGACGAAGUGCAUGGACCAGGCGAAGGAGCACGCGAAGAAGCUGUCUGAAGUCGGGCUCGACUUUACGAGCUUGGUGGGCAAGGGCGUUGAAGGGCCGCCGAGCAAGCUGGCGGCGGAGACGUCGGAUCUUGUUGGGCUGGGGCUGGCGUGAGAGUUGAAUGAUGCACGAUUGUGAGGGAUGGUGUAAGGAGAGUUAACCUUGGACUGAUAGCGUUAUCCAUGG